AUGGGGCUCUCGGGCAAUAGGGGAUCAUGGGGCCCCUGUGUCCUUGCCCAAACUCAAAAAAGCCUACGAAAAAGGUACCAGGGGCAUCUCAUGGGGCCCCCUACUGACCCCGGGCCCUCAGGCAGAACUCUAGUUUAGAAAGGCUGGCCAAGGCUGAGAUGAUGUCACCAGCAAGGGGCGGACUGACAACUCAUGGGGCCCCCGGCAAUAGGGAUCAUGGGGCCCCUGUGUCCUUGCUCAAACUCAAAAAAGCCUAUGAAAAAGGUACCAGGGGGAUCUCAUGGGGCCCCCUACUGACCCCGGGCCUCGGGCGGUGCCCGAGUUUCCAAAUGGUCAGUCCACCCCUGGUCACC